GGAGCGUUUGCAUUCGAACCGCUUCGCAUCGCGCGCGGUUGCGGGCUGGUCCGCUCUGGAAGGGAUAUAAGACUACCACCGCACACUGCAGGACUUUAUGUCGCCGGGCUGGGAGGAUAUCGUUCGGUAGCCGGGCGAAAACCGACCGACAGAGAGGCGGCAGGGGAGCAUUCGAGAGCGAACGAGAUAAACCGAAGAACACAGCGAAAGAGAGAGGGAGGAAGGAGAUAAAGAGAGAAAGAGAGAGAGAAGCUUGUGCCACCAGCGUCCAUCAGUGGUGCGUGUUCAGAGACGGACUCGGGCUUUCUGCUAUCACUUCGGCAGUAGUUUUCUCGGAGUGAGGAUCGCGCCACGGCGAUUAAUCUUCCUCGGACCUACCGGUCGCACGGUGCUUCAGGAUCCACGACGCGAGCCAAAGUCCGAUCGUCCGAGUCACUCGCUGCCCACAUCCCGGUCUUCGUUCGGCAUUCACCGAUUCCGCUCGCUGUCAGACCGAUCGUCGCGCGAUUCCUCUUCGCCGAACAGGUAGCCCGCCACCCUCGCUCUCCGAGAGAAAGGGUAGAGUAGAAUUAGUGGAUACGCUGCUGCUGGCUUCGUUGCCGAGGGAACUAAACGAUCUUCCGUCGAAGUCGGUUGCUUUUUGGGAAAGACUGUCCGGGAACCAGCGAGGACAAUGUCGAGUCUCGUGGAGUACUACAAGGACCUCGUGUACAACAGGAAAGAUCCGAGGACCGCCGACAUGUUCCUGAUGUCGAGUCCGGGUCCGCUGAUAAUGAUCAUCGUCACCUACAUUUACUUCAGCACGAACAUCGGCCCGAGGUACAUGAGGGACAAGAAGCCGUACGAGCUGAGGAACGUCAUGAUACUGUACAACUUCUCGCAGGUGUUGCUCAGCAUGUAUCUGUUCUACGAGGGGAUGGUCAGCGGCUGGCUCCACGAUUACAGUUUCACUUGUCAGCCGGUCGAUUACUCCAAUAAUCCGACAGCUCUCAGGAUGACGCGUGCCGUGCACCUGUACUUCAUGAGCAAGCUGGUGGAGCUGUUGGACACGGUGUUCUUCGUGCUGCGCAAGAAGAACCGGCAGAUCAGCGGCCUGCACGUGUUCCACCACUCUCUGAUGCCCGUGGCGGCGUGGAUCGGCUGCAAAUGGCUGCCGAACGGGCACGGCACCCUGCUCGGCCUGAUCAACACGUUCAUCCACGUGAUCAUGUACACCUACUACAUGCUGUCCUCGAUCGGGCCGCACAUGAACAAAUACCUCUGGUGGAAAAAGUACUUGACGAUGUUGCAGCUGAUCCAGUUCACGAUCAUCUUCUUCCAUUCGGCGCAGAUCUUCUUCAACGGCUGCAACUACCCGAAGGUCGUCACGUUCCUGCUCUGCCUGAACUCGCUGAUCUUCAUCUACCUGUUCGGCGCGUUCUACGUGAACAGUUACAUCAAAUCGCAGGCGGCCAACAAGAAGCAGAGGACGGCGAUCGGCAACGGCAACGUAACGGACAACAAAUCGGAUUGAGCUCGGCCACCACCAUUGAGAACGCAUUCGCGCGAUGUUCACUACCGUUCGGGGUCGUCGCCUUCGCAAACCGGUGAUCGUUCGUUGCCGUAGGUCUUCUCUUAGCGCAGGGAAUGGACGCCGCGAACGCGAUUUCACGAGAUGGGAAAGAACGAUCUUUAUCAGUGACCAUCGCGGGUCGCUGUGAUACGCGCGCUGUACAUAGAGUUUAUACGGGUCCGAAUGGAAGAUUGGAACGAUGCUAAAAUUCGUCAAACAACCGAACGCGAACGGAUAUUUCUUUACAAACGACGCGAUUGACAGAUGCAUUUCCGUGUCGGGGGAAAAUAGGGGACUGCAGUUCCGCGAGUCACCCCCCGCUCGUCAUGCUGUAGCUUAAGAGUAUGUAUCCUGUAACAUCGACGUCACGGCACGAUGAAGAUCGCUCCUUCUUUACCGAAUCAUUCAUCGUUUCAUCAAUGGAAGCUCACGCAGGGAAUUUACGUUUCUUCGUUCGAUUGCCUCGCAAAACAAACGGACGUCAUCUUUUUAUACCGUGGUUACGCAUUGUUAGAAUAUUUUUAAGGGACACUUCUCAUCGAUCCGCGCGGGGGCUCGAGAUCAUUCGAUCUGGGUUGGUUAGGUCUUGGUUCUCACUUGGUUAGGUCAUCGAGCGGGUAAUUUUUAAUUGAACCUCCGAAUCCCAAACUAUUCCUUACGUGUCAUUCAAUAUUCCUCAGACGUCUCCUCGAAUUCUCGAAUCGAGUUCGGUGGGUAACGAUUCGCGUCGAUAACGAGGGGAACGAUCGCGGUGAUCGAUCGUGGGUCAUCCCGGUCUCCGAUCCAUGGAUCGGUCGGUAAAGUAGGGAGUGCGGAUACAUUCCUCGCUUCCCUUUCCUUCGUGAAGUUUCGCCGCAUCGAAUUCGAUCGUCAUCAGGCGCUGUUUCAGUCUCGGCAACGACCGUCCGUGAGAAAUUUACUAACAAUCACGCUUGCAUCGUUCGUCAUCUGUAAGUGUUCCACACUGUGCUAAUAUAUGGACGUUAAUAUGUUUGGAAAUAAAGGAAUGUUUUUGAAAGAAUUCUUUUACUUCGCCGAUGCUCGCACGCUCGACCUUUAUGCAAGCGGAUCGGUAUGCGCACGAUCGACGGUUAUACAAGUAUUACAGCCGUUCCACGCUGAUUCAUGGAAAUGAUGUAAUGGCGAACUCGGCUGCGGUUCAAUGUAGACCAGAGGCGUCCGACUUACUGCCCUCGCGACGAUUACUCGAAAACAGCGUCACCCCGUUGCCUCUGCUCGAUCGGCUGCACGAGACUGUGCGCGCGAACGGUGUUCAAUUGGAACAGGUAAAAGUAGGUGCGGAGAGGGUGACUGUUCGCGAGGGGAGCGUUGCUGGAAGACACCGAUUUAGACACCCUUGAUAUCGCAGUCAAUGCGCUCGGCACCACAUGUAAACAAGCUGUUAUUCUAAUCAGUUCUUUCAUUGUAAUUUGUAAUUCCCAUUGUUCCGCUCGCCGUUACGUAUAUUUAUGUCACAUGCUUCUAUUGAAAAGUAUAAAUGGUCGUUAUGCAACGGAGGAAACUUUCUCUAAGUUCAUAGGUAGGCGGUCAAGCUUAGUUUCGAUCGAAAGAGGGUUGCGCAGAUGUUUCGUGGUCUAAUAUUCAAAAUAGUAACUAUUUUUAACGUGAUCGAAGUAUCGUAUUGACUUAAAAUUAAGAGGUCAGUAUAAUCUAAAGGAUCAAACUGUUAUUGAUUUAUUCAAAACGAAUGAUUGCUCGAGCUUCCCUGAAAUUCUGAAAUUUAGACAAUUCUACCUGGUUAACUGUAUUCGCUGGAGAAGUUGAAUUUUGGAAAUGUAAUUCCUGGUGAAGAAUCAGUUAGCGAAUGUUCCACUUAAAUGACGAGAUGUUUCUUUCUUUUCCUUGGCGUCGAAUCUUCCUUCCAAAAAAAUUACUCGACGAGCAUAGGCGCGAAGCGAGCUGUGCCUUGAUUUACCAUUGUAGAUGGAUCAUCGAAUAUUCACCGAUUGACGUUCCAUCGUCGAUAAGGUCGCGACCAUGGGACCUAGUAGACCCCUCAUCCGCUUCAUGCUAAAGCCGCUCGUCGAUUUUGAUAACACCGUCCACGGAAAUUAUUCGCGGUGCAUGACGCGCAUGUUAGCGGCGGUAUCAAUUGAACGCCGCGAGACGUCACAAUUUCCGGGCAUCGUGGAACGAUACAUGGAGAUGCAGCCUGAGUUCUACGUUGAGAAUGUUGCGGCGAUUUAUCGCUGAUGCUACCGAGUACAUAGUUCAUGAUUAGUCUGCGGUUCGUGCAGAUUCAACUUUUCAAGAAUGUAAUUGGAAAAACAGAAUUAC